AUGGCGUCUGCUGCAUCCUCUUUAUUUCUUAUGCAAUUGUUUCGUCUACUUCAUCCCUUCUAUAAAUAUACUAAAACGGAGGAUCAGAGAUGUUAUGGGAAUGUCCACGAAGGCUUCUUCUGGGUGGUUUCUUUCUCUUUUUCCUUCCCUUUCGAUUGGGUCUGUCUUCAACUUUCUUCUGUUAUCGGUGUUGAACAAAGAAGAUGCUAUCAAAAUUGUGCAAGUCUAAGUAUAAGAGUAGGAAGGAGAGGACGAUGCACACUUCUCUAUCUUCUUGAACUAGAGCCCAAAUCAGACCCAGAGUUCGGAAUCCUGUUUUCUCGACUUGACUGUCAUCGUAGAGCUUCUGUGUCCUGUAUUUUCCUUGAAGAUUUCUGAGCACAAGCAAGGUGUUAGGAGACUGCGAGUGCCUUCCACGAAUUCA